UUGGCCGCCGCUCCCCCCAGCCCGGCGCUGGGGGAGGGAUCCUGGCUCCAUGCGGUGCCGGGGGGGGGACAAUCCCGGGCCUUGUCCCCUCCUCGGCGGCCAGUGACGUGCCCUGCUCAGUGGCCAAGGGCUGGGCCGCCCGUGACCUUCGCCACGAGCCGCGCUCCCCCUCCAGCACCCGGGACCCCCCAGGGCCAUGGCGGCCGCGCGGGUGCUGCUGGCGCUGCUGGCCUGGCCGGUCACCGGCGCUGUCACCGGCGCGGUGACAGGGGACUCGCUGCUCAACGUCUGCAUGGACGCCAAGCACCACAAGACAGAGCCAGGGCCCGAGGGACAGCUCUACGGGCAGUGUUCCCCGUGGCGGGACAACGCGUGCUGCACGGCCAACACCAGCCUGGAGGCCCAUCGGGACCAGUCCUACCUGUACAACUUCAACUGGGACCAUUGCGGGGCCAUGUCCCCAAAGUGCAAGCGUCACUUCAUCCAGGACACGUGUCUAUACGAGUGUGACCCCAACCUGGGGCCGUGGAUUGACCAGUCGGACACCAGCUGGCGCCGGGAGCGCAUCCUGCACGUGCCGCUGUGCCGCGAGGACUGCGAGCAGUGGUGGGACGACUGCCAGGACAGCGCCACCUGCAAGGUCAACUGGCACAAGGGCUGGAACUGGACCUCAGGCACCAACCAGUGUCCCCACGGCGCCAUGUGCCAGAAGUUCAAGUUCGUGUUCCCCACCCCGGCCGACCUGUGCGAGGGGCUCUGGUCGCACUCCUACCGCUACACCCAGCACCGGCGCGGCUCCGGCCGCUGCAUCCAGAUGUGGUUCGACCCCGCGCUGGGGAACCCCAACGUCGCCGUCGCCCGUUACUACGCCCUCGGUGCCGCCCCCCCAGUGCUGCCCCCGCUCCUGCUGGCCCUGCUGCCCCCCGCCCUCCUGGGCCUGCUCUGAGCCCUGUCCCCAAGUGUCACCGGCCGCUGUCGCCCAACCUGCGUGUGGCUGGUCAAUAAACGCUCCUGCUCA